CUGUCCCUAAAUAAAAAAGACAAAUACUUGUAGAGAGAGAGAGAGAGAGAGAGAGAGAGAGAGAGAGAGAGAGAGAGAUGGAGGAGAUGCGCGGGGCAGCUAUGGCAUAUUACGCCAACAUGUCCGAAGACCAACAACAAUCGUUCGAGAGAUUCAACAGCCUAAUGGACGGGAACGGAGACGGGAAAGUGAGGUUCCAAGAGUACUUGGAUUUCAUCAGGAAACAAGGCUACAAUCAAGUGCCAUCGAACCUGUUCAAACUUCUCGACGAAAACAACCGCGGAUAUCUUGAUUUUGAGGAAUGUGUUACUCUCUUCUACAUGAUCACGUGCAAUCGGUUUGUGUUCUGUGGUGGAUAUAACUGUAAGUCCCACUUGUUGGGCCUCCAUUUCGUAUGCGUCGAAUGCUACAGGGUUGGUGAGGGAACAUUCAGCCUGUGUUCUUCUUGUUAUCGUGAUACAAACUUCAACCACGAACACUCCACCUUCUUGGACAACUAUGAUCUCCUCCACACCAAACCAUGGAAGGUACAAAGUUUACAUGGAACUUCUACAAAAAUGGUGGUAUCACAUCCAGAGAAUGGGCAUUCCAACAAGGAUAACAAGCUUGCGAUAACUUCGGGAGCGGUUGGCAGUCGCAAUCUCUAUAAACGUGCCACGAUGGGGGAUUUGGUCACAACUGCCAGACUCUACUACCAUAAAAGCUCAGCGGACAUAAAAAGAGCGGCAUGUGAUUUUUUCAUAUCACUCGACGACAAUGGUGACGGGAAAGUGUGUCUCCAUGGAUUUCUAGGGUUUAUGAGGGACCAAGGCCACGUAAAAAUGGGCAGUAGUCAAUUUUUCAAAGAACUCGACAAGGACAACAACGGAACCCUAGAAUUCAUGGAAGUAAUGGCUCUUUACUACAUAAUCAAAAGUGGGAGGCCCUUUUGUGGCGGGUGUGAUGAGUUCAUCCCGGGCAUGUAUUUCACUUGCUCCAUUUGCUUUAACAAUGGCAACGACUUGUUUUGCGUAUGUCCAAACUGUUUCCAAGGCGAACACUAUCGCCACGAGCAUGCCCAGUUCUUGGAUAACUAUGCUUUGUUGGAAACCAAGAGAAUGCAUGGGAGUAAUGUCACUUAUUCGAAUCAGCACAAGCCAAGUUCAUCUGUUACCAUCACUGAACUUCCCACAUUCCCAACGAAUUAUGUUGUUCCUUAUAAUGCUCCUCCUAACCUGAAAACGAGAGCAUGGGAUCUUACGUUCAGAGUACUUGAGACAACAAUCAACGCAGCAAUCAAAGGAGCAAUCAACGCAGUAGCUGUUGGAAACGGAUGCACCAUUAUGUGA